CGGCUGCCGCACCUGCUCCGCGGGCACCGCGCCCCCGACACCGCCCCGCUCCGCGCCCCCGGCCCUGCUCCGCCGCCGGGAAGAUGGCGAGCCCCGGCCUCCGCCUGCUGCUCCUCGGUUACUUGGGGGUCCUGAGCUAUCCUGAAGUGUCUGGAAUUUCCAUUUUAACAGAUAACGAAAACGUAAAAGCAGAGGAGUUUAAGGAGGCGAUUCUUAGUUGCAAACACAAAUCUUCAAAAGGGAUGAGCUUAAGAAUAGAAUGGAAGAAAAUCCAGCCUCAAGGAGUCUCAUUUGUCUACUACAAUGGUGAAUUUACAGGUGAUCUUCGAGGCCGAGCAGAGAUGCUGAACCCAGGAAUCCGAAUUAGGAAUGUGACUAGAAGGGAUUCCGGGACCUACCGCUGCGAAAUCAGUGACAAGAGUGAAGGGCAUCCACGCCUGCAAGAGGCUAUAAUUACCCUCACAGUGUUGGUUGCUCCAACUACUCCGGUGUGUGAUGUGCCGAGCUCCGCGAUGACGGGAACAGUGGUGCAGCUGAGCUGUAAGGAGACUGAGGGCUCUCCUCCAUCUGAGUACCAGUGGUACAAGAACGGUGUUGCCUUACUGGAAAAGACAGGAACAGGCAGUGCUAGAACACCAAAUAUAACUUAUACCAUGAAUAAGAAGUCUGGCACUUUGCUAUUUAACACAGUUACAAAGAAUGACACUGGAGAGUAUUUCUGUGAAGCCUCCAAUGGGAUUGGAUUAUCUCAGAGAUGCUCAGUGAAGCGAAUGCAAGUCGAUGACCUGAAUGUAAGUGGUAUCAUUGCUGCUGUAGUAUUUGUGGCUCUGGUAAUGGCACUGUGUGGCCUUGGAGUAUUUUAUGCCCAAAAAAAAGGCUACUUUGCAAAGGAAAGCUCUUCCCAAAAGAAGACGAACUAUCAAUCUACAAGUGAAAAGGAUUUCAAGCAUACCAAGUCCUUUGUUAUUUAGAAGAUUUCAGCCUCUGUGAGGGACAUCAAAAGAAUACUUGUUAUACAAAAAUAUCAAAGUCUCCUGGUUUCGACUGGGAUAAUUUUCUUCCUAGUAGCUGGUACAGUGCUGUGUUUUGGAUUUAAUGUGAGAAUAAUGUUGAUAACACACUGAUGUUUUUGUUGUUGCUAAGUAGUGCUUACACAAAAUCAAGGACUUCUCCAUGUCUCAUGCUUGGCCAGUGAGGAGGUGCUCAAGAAGCCGGGAGGGAGCACGGCUGGGACACCUGACCUGAGCUGGCCAAAGGGAUAUUCCACACUGUACAUCAUCAUACCCAGUAUAUAAACUGGGGAAGUUGGCUGGGAGGGGCAGAUCGCCGCUGGGGGACAGGCUGGGCAUCAGUCAGUGGGUGGUGAGAAACUGUGUUGUACAUCACUUAUCUUUCUUGGGCUUUACUCCUCUCUCUCCUUUCCAUUACAAUUAUUAUUGUUGUUAUGAUUAUCAUUAGUAUUAUUAGUAUAAUUAAAUUUUACUUUGUUUCAAUUAUUAAACUGCUGUUACCUCAACCCACAAUUUUUACUUUUUUUUUUCCCAGUUCUCCUCCCCACUGGGGUGGGGUGGAGGGCAGUGACCGAGUGGCUGCGUGGGGCUGAGUUGCUGGCUGGGCUUAACCCACAACAGUCCUUUUUGACACCCAACAUGUGACUCAAAAGGGUUGAGAUAAUGACAGAUCUGAUCAGAGCGUGUUAAAACAAAUUUGUUAUAAGCGUUCAUUGCGUUGGUUUAAUAGUUGCUGGUCACCAUGUUGAUUUGUUUGCUCUGGGCAUGGGCUAAGGUUGUCAUUGUGGUGUUCUUUGUCGUACUGGCUUGUGAUAUGAAUGAGUGGCUGGCCGUGAGCCUCGCCUGGUCUGUGUCCUGUCCGCCCCUCGGGAGCCAUCUGGAGGAAAUUAUCCACAAUUACAUCUAUUGCCUUUUUCCGUCGGAGAGCCAGCCUGCGGGAUAAAACACGUUCUUUCCCCUCCAGGAUGAUUACAGUAGUGUUUGAGAAAUCUGAAGACUUUCAAUAUCCUUUUACCACCCUUGAAACCAGCCUGGUCCUUUCGCUGGCAACCAACAUAUUGUUGCAUGUGGUCCAGGUCGUCUUUAGGGUUAAGCAACAAUCUGUGGCUCCUCAAACCCUGGCCAGAAGUGUUGCGGCUACUUAAAAUCCGGCAGCACGUACUGUGCCUUCACAGACUCCAGUGUCAGGCCAACAAGACCAAGAGGCAACCACUCAAUCCUUAUCCCUGAGUGAGCUGUGGGAUAUACAAAAAGAUUUCAGCCAUUGUCCCAGUGAGUGCAGGACCACUUGGCUGUUCCAGUGCUGGGAUAAUUGGGCUAACAGUUUGGAGUUAGAGGGUAGGGAAGCCAAGCAGCUGGGAUCACUUUUUAGGGAAGCAGGCAUCGUUGAGGUGAUUGGAAGAGGGACACAAGUCCUCGGCCUCUGGAGACGACUCCUGUCAAGCAUGAAAGAAAAGUACCCCUACAAGGAAGAUGUUCUGUGUUGCUCAGGCAAGUGGACAGCAGUAGAGAAAGGUAUCCCAUGCCUGAGGAAAUUAGCCAUGCUGAGAUGAUUUAUUUUGACCUGAACAACGCAGGGUUCCUCAUAGAUCCAGACCGAGUCCUGCACACACAACCCAUGUGGCAGAAAUCUGUAGAGAGGACACACCAACCCACUGGCAAUGUUCAUCUGGAGAGGUACCACACUACCAGCAGUGGAUGCAGUGGCUCCACUUCUCCAGGAAUGCAAAGACAACCUCUCUUCCUCUCAUCUGUGGAGAGACUGUCAGAUAAACUGUCCCAGGAGUUCCAGCAGUUCAGAGAAGUUAUGUUCUAUUCUCCACCUGCACAGACCUGCAUCUCAGCUAGUAACAGUAAGCAUCCACUGGCUCAAGAGGGAGGAUAUGGAAAGUACACACCAUGGGAUACCCUGUGGUUUUAGCUGAGGGACCACAGAGAGUACAUGAGGAAUUGAGAUGAAAGACCUACCUCAACUCUAGAGACAUGAAUUGCAAGAGAAAACAAUCCCAAAUGGGAGUUCUUCCAGGAAAGUUGCUGCUUCAGUCUCCAGUGGACAGUUUCCCAGGCAGAGUGGAAGGGCUGAACUUACUCUUGAUCCUAUGGAAAGAAAUUCUAAUCUGCUUCUUCAAGAACUAAGCUUUCUUAUGCAUUGUGGGUUUUCAGAAAAUGCGGGUUCCAAACUACAGUCUGAUUGUAAGCCCUUUCUAUCAAAUGACUCAGAGAAAUUAUUUCACAUGGGGCCCUGAGCAACACCAACCCUUUGAACAAAUUAAACAAGAAAUACUUGGAAAACACUCGUGGACAGGUGGGCCAAAGAACAUGGCAUUGGGUGGGUAGAUUGUAUCCCCUAUUGUGCACCAGCCUCUGGGAAGAUCAAAUGAUACAAUGGACUGCUAAAGACUACCUCGAGAACAAUGAGUGGGGGGACCUUCAAACAUUGGGAUAUGCAUUGGUAAAGGCCACCUGGUGAGUCAGCACCAGAGGGUCUGCCAGUUGGGCUGGCCCUGCCUGACCAAAGCUUCUAUGUACUAUGGACGGGAAUAAAGUUCCUGUAAUGCCCAUAAAAAAAUAUGCUGGGCAAGACAGUCUGGGUUAUUGCUGCCUUGGGCAAAGGCAAACCCAUCCCUGGGAUUGCUUUUGCUCAAGGACCUGGGCACGCUUGUUAAGGCAGAAGGAUAGGGAAGUCUGGGUUUGAUUUUGGGUGAGAACAGCCCAAUGAAUUUAAUUGUGUGAUGUUAAUUGCUAUAUAACACUGUGUAUUAUCACUUCUGUAUCAACCGUGUGCCCACCAUUGCCUGGGCACCUCAUAGUGCCUGCCUCCACCACUCCAGAUUUUGGGAUCCAAACCCAAGUCCCCUUCAAUCGUGACAUUAAGAAUGAACUUUGAUGAAACCAGACAAGCACAGCAGUGAUGGAAUCAGAAUUGGCUUCAAAGUGCAACAAUCCAACACCACGCACCAUCUUUCCUGCCCUGAGACACUGUUAUGACAGAUGGAGCCAAAAGUCAUGGACUAAAUGAACUCAGUGGACUUCUACAGGGAUUGUCUAUAGACCAAGGAAAUGAUAUCUGUGUAUCUAUCAAAAGACAGGAAAGGUGGUGGUGUAUCGGAAAAUGCAGGACCUGGUAUGAUAUAAAUGGUAUGGAAUAAGCAGUAGAUACUGUCCUGGUUUCAGCUGGGAGUUAGUUUUCUUCCUAGUAGCUGAUACAGAACUGUGGAUUCAGUAUAACAACACACUGAUGUUUAGUUGUUGCUCAGUAGUACUUCCCUGAGUCAAACACUUUUCAGUGACUGAUGCUCUGCCACCAGGCAGAUGUACAAGCCAUGAGGAACAGGGCUAGGACACCUGACCUGACCUGGCCAAAGGGAUAUUCCACACCACAGGCUGUCAUACCCAGUAAAUAAACUGGGGAAGGUGGCUGGGAGGGGCCAGUUACUGCUGGGGGAUGGUGAUGAGCACCUGUGCUGUGCAUCACUUGUGUUUCUCAGGUUUUCUCUCUCUCUCUCUCUCUCUCUCUCUCUCUCUCUCUCUCUCUCUCUCUCCAUUACAAUUAUUAUUACUUUGUUUCAAUUUACCUGUUCUUUUCUCAACCCACCAGUUUCGUUUCCAAUUCCCCUCCUCACGGCAGCGAGAAGGGGACAGGGAGUGAGGCAGGAGCUGUGGGGUGCUUAGUUACCGGCUGGGGUUAAACCACAACACAAAGGGAUCUUUUGACCUCUGCGCUGUAAAUAUUGUUUCCACAUCUUACAUACUGAAAAUAGAAACUGCCAGUGUUCAGAUCUAGUCAACAUAACUGUCUGUGAUGGCGUUUAAAAAAAAAACAAACCCCCAAAAACCUAUAAAUUAACUUGUAUAUUGAAUCUCUGUGACAACUUCUCAUUUUGUUCACAUGCAGCAAAACAAGAUCCACUCUUGCAGCUUGGAACAAUCUACUCAAGUAACUUCCACAGAUGACCUUACCAGUACUUCUACUACUUCCAUCUCCACCACUGUCAAGGGCUCAAAACUCUCCUGCAAUUCUGAUUUACUAGGACUUUGAAAUUGUAUUAGAUUUGCCAAAUCCAUCUAUAAGUCUGUAGCUGUGCAGAAUUAAACUCACUAUCCUGACAGAAUAAACCUUCCUCUAAUUAAGGCU